AUGAGCCCGACCCGGCCCGCACAGGAUGCUGCCGAUCGAGAGGCUCACGAGCUGUUCAAGAAGCACUCGGUUCUGGAGCUGCGGUCGAUCGAAGCCCGGAUGAAGGUCGACAUUGAGAAGAAGGGCCAAGAGCUGCGAGUCAUGGUCGGCGAGCGCUACCGCGACCUGAUCGAGGCCGCAGACUCGAUCCAGGAUAUGAGCCGAUCGGCAGAGAAGCUCAAGAGCCUUUUUGAACGGAUCGAUGGGGCAUGCGAUGCACACGGGCUUCAGCAAGCGGUCGAGGCGAAGGCCCGCCCCGCAAAGACCCCCGAAGAAGUCGAGCAGAAACGUGUUAUCUAUACCGUCGCGGCUCAGGUCAAGCUGCUUGUCGACACUCCUGAGCAGAUAUGGCACGCCCUCGAGAAUCACCAGUACUUGCGCGCCGGCCGGCUCUUUACUAUCGCCAAGGAAGUGCACAAGAAGCUCCAAUCGAGUCCCGAAGCUGCCCAAGUCAAACUGACGGGCACAUUCCCGGUCGUGCAGCGCCAGUGGGACGCCAUUCUCAAUCUCCGCCCCCAGAUUGUGCAAAAGUGUACCCAGGCCCUCAAGGACAUCACCGCCAGAACCCAGAUCGUCGUCGACUGCCUGUGCACGAUCAUGCUUCUGAAUCACACCAGCAUCAAAGAAACCCUGCAUCAGUUCUUGGCCCUGCGCGCUGAGGUGAUCCUGGGCGCCGUUGGGAAAUACGAAAGCUCGACCCAGUCGGUCUCGGACCAUGUCAUCGCUGCCGUCAGGGCCAUCGAGGCAACACUUGGCCAAGUCGUGGAUAUUUUCAUGGCAUCGUCAUCGCCACUUGUGCCUCCGUCGCCAUUGACGCCAGCCAUCUCCCCGUUGUUGCUCAAGUCCCCGGCGGCCCUCUCGCUCCUCGAAACCAACAUCCUGAUGCUCCAGCGAAAGCUGGCGCGGGAUGACUCGUUAAGCCAAACGAGCAUAUCGGCGCUGUUCUCCGAAAAGACCAACAUCCACAUGGUCUUUCGGCAUCUUCCGCAAUCCAUCCAGACACACACGCCCCUGCUGAACUACGGAACAUCCUCGGGCGAACUUCGCGAAGACCAAAUUCGUGAGAUUGUGCAAAGAUGGAUCGCUGCGCUCACCCAGAGCCUUGCCGGGCCCCUCUGUCAGCUGUUGGGUUUUGUUGAAUCCGCCACAAAUCUGGCCAUUGCGCGCGGCAACGUCUUGUCACUGAUGCAAGAAAUCGAAGCCCCUGCCGAUGUUGGCUCUGGCUCUGGCUCUGGCUUCGAGACGCCGCUACCUGUGUUGAGUAGCAAGCCCAGAAAGGAAAAGAGUGCGCCAAAGGCACACCGCUGGAGAGAGAUCUGUACGAGACUCAUGUCCGAGUCCUUCUCGGUCUGGAGCGACAUCUUGCGCGCCCCCUUCCAAGCACGAGCCAAGAAUCUCAUAUCGAACUCGUUCCAAAUUCUUGGAGACCAGCCCGGACUUCUCCUCGUGCCACGGCUGGAGUUUCUGGCAGAUAAAUAUGCUGCAGAGCGGGAUGUCGGCAGGUUCAUAUGGCACUCCCAAGAGGAGACGGCUGCUGCAUCGUUGGCUGGACUGUCCUCGGCGCCGGAUAAGAGCACGACGACCUCGCUUGGAAUCACAGUGUGCCAGCCUGAAACAGGCUCCCUUACGUUCAUGGCGACUGAGUUUGUCGAGACCCUGAGCCGGAUCCGCCUCGAUGUGACUCCGCUCGUGACCCUGGCAGUCCAAGCCGCCGCCUACCACAAGGCACUUUCCGGAGCCAUCCAUACCUACCACGACCAGCUGCUCGCCCUGGUUCAGCGCGAGCCAGAGACAAGGAUUGGAGAUGAGUCCAAGGCCGCUCUCCGCAUCGAUCAGGACCUGUUUGUUGCUCGCACAGCAAGGACCAUCGCUCUAAAGUCCGAGCAGAUUGCAAGCAUUCUUGUGAUCGAGACGCCGGCUGAGUCAGCCGAAGAGAUCCAUCUUCAGCCACGAAGGCAACUGAGCCUCACGGAUGCUGGAAAGCCCAAGUUGGAGUACAAUUUCCAGUUGGCUUUGAUCCACGAGCUCAUGAUGGAUGUAUACACCCAGAGCCACCGCGAGUGGUUGGCGGCCACCAGCGCCAAGUGGAAGCGAACGCUCCAGGACGGCAUCGCAAAGAAUGACUGGCUCAAUGGGAUCCGUUUUGCUGAGCUGUGGGAAAGCGUCUCGGUCGAAACCACAACCGAUCAAGGCGAGUCAGUGCAGGAGUCAAUCGUUGCUCCCUGCCAUCCGUCGGCGUUUUUGGUCCAGGGUCUUUUCGAACUGGCUCGCGAAAUCAACCGCAGCAUCAUCCAGCAACUUCUGACUGCCCUCGCGACCAGCACCGUCGAGGUCUACAAGUAUGCGGCCGAGAACUACAGCUGGCUGACCUCAACUCACCAACGAUCCGAUAGCUCGUUGCCGCCCGCUUCCCAGGCGAGCGCUGUCAUCUCGCAUGCUGGUGCCCUCCAGAUUCUGUUUGACUUCCAGCUCAUCUUCAAGAUUCUGGCGAGCAGCGACUCCUCGCUUUCCCAAAGUAACAGCGUCGGCAGCGCAGUCCAAGCUUUGCUGAGAGAAAAGAUCGACCCCAUCGACCUGCUGCUCGUCGAUCCGCACAUUCGCUCCAACGUCGACCGGUUCUAUGCGAGAUCGGCCGUUCUACUUGGCUCGAUCACAUCGCUAGGCAAAGCAGUGGCAGAUCACCGCAAGACACCCUCGGUCCAGGAACUGCACAGCGUCAUUCCAGUCGCAAACCAAACCCCGCGCUUUACCCUGUUGCCCAUCGGGAUGUCAAAUGCCGGAAGCCGAAUAGAUCUGGACAAAGUCGGUGCAUCUAAGAAUGACACCCAGCACAGCAAAGACGUCGGCGGUCCUGGAACGAUACCUCUCCCGCGCACAAAACCGAAAUGCACGAUCCAGCUGCACAGAAUGCCAGCCUCGCAAAUUCCGGAGAGCCAUGUCUCCUGGGGCGACCACAGCCGGCCGCUCACUGGGGCGGAAGCGAAUCCCACAUGGUCCCUGGGCAUCUCGAAUGCUCUUGGACAGGGCCAAGUUUCGCAGCAGGCCCAGAAAGCUACCGAGCUGCUCAUGAAUGUCGGUAACUUCCUGUGGACGGGUGUGAAUCCCAACACACCCACCGGAGGCGCCGGAGCAGCCGCAUCGCCGACAAUGCGGAGAAAGAAGUAG